AUGACGGAUCAAAUUCCUCAUGAAUCCCUUUCUUUCCUUGUCAUUAUGAAGUUGAUGCUCCGCCGCCCCGACGUCUGGCCAUUAUCUACGUUCCUGGGUAUCCUGGACCUGAAAACAGGCGUCACCAUUGCCAUUCUGUUCACGGUGCUCAACAAAGUCGCUGGAGUGUAUGGACUGAUAGCUAUGUUGACGGGAGUGGGAGGGACGUUUGCCCAGCUGAGCUUGUACCUCUACUCGGUCGUCGCCCUCGUCGCGUUUGGGUGGGGUUUACAAGUGGUCAAAACCAUGCGCCAGACUCGCUUCUCGUUGUGUCAUUGGCGCUAA